UCUUACGUCAAACGAGCCUCUCUGAGCACUUCCGGUUCAUGGGGCGCGUCUUCGGUCUGGGAGUGAGCAUGGCGGCGCAGUGGCGGAGCUGCAGGAGCUGGAGCAGCUGGAGGAGCUGGAGGAGCUGGAGCGUGCCCGGAGCGAGCGGACACCUGCCGCGCGCUGCGACCCUGGCGCCCGCGGGCGACGUGCGCGGCGCGCGGGUGUGGGUUCCUGUCAGGCGUGUCCAUAAUACCACUAGGCCAAAGCCUUUUACAAGAUAUAGGAAUAGUUUUUACUCCGCUCCAAGGGUUUGCUGUUGUAGAACACACAGCGAUGCGAAGCUGAAAGAUCCCUUUUCACUUGCACAAAAGGAUCUGAUUCAUUUAUAUGAAGAUAUAAAAAAGGAAUUGCUCGUGUCCACGGCCGAGCUGAGAGCCCUGUGCGAGUAUUACUUUGACGGGAAGGGCAAGGCUUUGCGCCCCAUGAUCGUUGUGCUCAUGGCCAGAGCCUGUAACAUCCACAGCCACAGAACUGCGGAUCUGCUGCCAGCCCAGAGGUCCAUAGCAAUGAUCUCAGAGAUGAUCCACACUGCCAGCCUGGUGCACGAUGACGUCAUCGACGGGGCAGACACGCGGCGGGGAAAAACCACCAUCAAUGAAGUGUGGGGGGAAAGGAAAGCUAUCCUGGCAGGAGAUUUCAUUCUCUCUGCAGCGUCCAUGGCUCUCGCACGCAUCGGGAACACCGCAGUCGUGUCUGUGCUGACCCAGGUCAUUGAGGACCUCGUCAGAGGUGAAUUCAUGCAGCUCGGAUCCAAAGAUAGCGAAAACGAGCGAUUUCGCCACUACCUAGAGAAGACCUUCAAGAAGACGGCAAGCUUGAUUGCCAAUAGCUGUAAAGCAGUCUCCAUCCUGGUGAACUCUGACCCCCAGGUGCACGAAAUAGCGUAUCAGUACGGCCGGAACGUGGGCAUCGCCUUUCAGCUGGUGGACGACGUUCUGGACUUCACCGUGUGCGCUAACCAGCUGGGGAAACCGUCCGGUGCCGACCUCAAGCUGGGAUUGGCCACCGGACCCGUCCUGUUUGCCUGUCAGAAGUUUCCAGAAUUACACGCCAUGAUUAUGAGACGGUUCUGUUCCGAAGGCGAUGUGGACCGGGCUUGGCGAUUCGUCCUGGAGAGCGAUGGUGUGGAGAAGACCAACUACCUCGCCCAGCGUUACUGCAGGGAGGCCAUCCGUCAAAUCAGCCAGCUCCGGCCAUCCACCGAGCGUGACGCACUGAUCCGACUCACCGAGCUGGUGCUGACCCGGAACAAGUGAGCCCACGUCCCCCAAGUACCACCACCUCAGGCAGCUACUCCUGUGCCCAGGCCACGGCGCCAAAGGUCAUGGAAGGCCCUGCGCCUCACACACAGCAGGGUUGUUGCACUCCACUUCUGUCCUGUAGGACACCUGCUUUGAAACCAUCACCCACAGUGCUUAUAGCGGACUGUGCGCUAUAUCGACAGAAUGAACUUCCGUGCCCGUAACCACUUCUGCUGUGUGAAGAGUCACAGAGCCGUCUAGUGUGUUCCCUUCUUUAACCGAGUCAGGGGUGCUUGAGACCUGCGGCCCUCGAGAGUUUAAUUUCAAGCCUGGUCUUGUUUAAGUGGAUCAAACGUGCUAGACUGGGGUUGCAACUGAACUCUGUAGGGCCUCGGAUCGCGACGGCCAGACCUGGACCCUCGCCACACCUCAUCGGCCGUAACGUGGAUCAGGUGUAUAAAGAAGAGGAGACACUACAAUCCUGUGACCUUCUGGCACUGGAAUGAAAAUCAAGACGAUGACAAAAUGCUAAAACGGUUACUGUAUGUUACUGUACCCACAGGGUGGGGGGUCUUGUGGUCGACAGGCCGGUGCAUUCGAUUGUUGAACACCUGUGUGUUACCUGGAGGUGUGUCCGUAGUGCAAAAACCAAACUGUGACCAGCGUGUGUUUGUAGACGUUAUCAGUGCACUUCUGCAUCAAGUGCUCAGUAACUACGAGGCCUUAAGUGCACAAUAACCGUGUGUUGCUAUUAAAUGAGAUUUUUUUUUAAGUAA